ACAGACUCUACGGCUGCGGAGCGAGUGACCUUCAACAAGACGGUGAAUGCUCGGUCGGUGACUCUCGAUGGCGUAGUGUUCGAUCCCGCCGGCACUCUCACCGGAGGUUCGCGCCCGCAGGCCGCUUCACUUCUGGAGCAGCUUCAGCGACUCAACGGGAUGAAGGACCAGCUGGCCGAGGAGAAACAUAAGCUCCAGAAGCUGGAUGGAGAUUUCGCCAAGACUAGGGAGAGCUCCAGGGAGUACCAGAAACUGAAGGAGGCAUUGGAUAUCAAGUCCCACGAAGCAGAGCUUCUAGCCGCGCGUCUGCAGCAAUGCGAGCACAGUCGAAUGAUCGAAGAGAUCGAAGCCGCCAGAGAGCAGGUCAUUCAGUCGCGGGAGGCUCUUAAGGCAGCCGCUCAAAAGGAGGCUGAUGCUGAUGCUAAGGCUAAGCAAAUCGAAAGCGCCAUGAGCAAGAGCAGCGGCCGGAGCCAAAAGGACGAGAUGAAAGUAAUCCACGAGAAGAUGGUGACCACGAAGGCUUCGCUGGGCGACGCCACGAAGUCGAUCAAACAGCACGAUGAAAAGAUCGAACAGGCCGAACUCGAGCUGGAACAGCUAAAGAAGGAACAGAACGAGCUGCUGGAGAAGAUCCGGGAGUGCGAGUCUGAGAUCAAGAAGCUUCAGAAGGAGUUGCAUGCCAUGGAGCACGGCAAGGGCGGAGUCGCAGAGAAACGGGCUGCCUACGAAGCGGCGCAGGAACGCUUGCAGAAGAAGCAGGAAUCUGUACUCUCCACCGACGAGAGGAUCGCCGGCCUGCUGCAGGAGAAGGACGACCGAACGCAAGCGUCCAUCGAACGAGAACAGAAGCUGAAGAAGCUCCAGAACAAGGUCAAGCGCUUCCACAAGGACAAGGAA